AUGGUUACUGUUGCGGCCAAUAUUUCUACCACUAUCACCAUUGUUACUGAUGCGGCCACUGCUUCUACCACUAUUACCAUUGUUACUGUUGCGGCCACUAUUUCUAUCACUACCAUCAUUGUUACUGAUGCGGCCACUGCUUCUACCACUAUUACCAUGGUUACUGUUGCGGCCAAUAUUUCUACCACUAUCACCAUUGUUACUGAUGCGGCCACUGCUUCUACCACUAUUACCAUUGUUACUGUUGCGGCCACUGCUUCUACCACUACAAUUAUUGUUACUGUUGCUGUCACUGUUUCUACCACUAUUACUAUUGUUACUGUUGCGGCCAUUGCUUCUAACACUACUACUAUUAUUACUGGACCACUUUCCCCUGCAUGUACACUUAUCCCUGUAGGACCACUUUCCCCUGCAUGUACACUUAUCCCUGUAGGACCACUUUCCCCUGCAUGUACACUUAUCCCUGCAGGUCCACUUUCCCCUGCAUGCACACUUAUCCCUGCAGGACCACUUUCCCCUGCAUGUACACUUAUCCCUGCUGGUACACUUUCCCCUGCAUGUACACUUAUCCCUGCUGGUACACUUUCCCCUGCAUGUACACUUAUCCCUGCAGGACCACUUUCCCCUGCAUGUACACUUAUCCCUGCUGGUACACUUUCCCCUGCAUGUACACUUAUCCUUGCAUGUACACUUUCCCCUGCAUGUACACUUAUCACUGCAGGACCACUUUCCCCUGCAUGUACACUUAUCCCUGCAGGACCACUUUCCCCUGCAGUGUGGCUCUUGAGCCAGUGUGGCUCUUGA